AUGAGAGACUCAGGGUACGAUACUUCCACUCUCCCCACUGCGUACGUGACAGGAGAGCUUAAGCAAAGGUCAAAAUUGUGGCUUUACUUGAUGAACAAUAUCAAAGAGGAUCUUUUGCGAGAGAGCGAGCUAGUGCUUCUAUCAUUUGCUACUGGCAUUCAAGAUGCUGCUUCUUGCGUGGAUUAUGGAUGUUUCGCAUCUAAUCAGACUGGAAACAUGCUUUUUCUCGCUCUAGUCUACGCCGCGGCUGCAAUCGGAUCGCCAAAGGAAUCGACGGCUUGCUAUUUACUUAGGGCCAUUAUGGCGCCAUUACUUUCAAGGAUGGCAGAAUCAGUGUGGAAAGCAUCAAGCAACAUGAAUGGAUAUGAACCGUUCUACAUCCUGGGCCCACAGCACCAAUUUGCUGUCCUCUUACUUCGUCGCGAACUCAAAAUCCCACACGACAUGCUCUCCCAGAAGCGGUCUUUGAAUUUCCCCUCACUUUCCCGGAAGUCGAUGCCCGGCUGA